UUGGCGCGAAAAGUGAAGGCAUCUGUCAAAAAAAUUAUAUCAUGAGAAUUUUAAACUUAUCCCAAAUUUCCCUUAAUUUGUCAUAGAAUUAUAAUAAUGAUAAGUUUUAAUAGUUAAUAUCACCUCAAGUUAGGCAUAUAUUUGAAAUAGAAAAACAAUCUAAACUUACUUCAAAGAGUAAGCAAGAGUUCAUUAUGCUUGCAAUUAAUGAACUUAUGGGUAUCAAUUCUGUGUAUCAUGUGAAUGCUAUGAAAGAAGCUUACAAAUUACACACAGCUUUAAAAUGGAAAUCGUUAUUUCCUAGCUAACCAAUAUUAGGCACCUCAGCUACUGCCUGCUUCAGUAGUAUGAAGUUACAUAUUGUGAGUGAGCCAGAGGGUGUGCCAUCAACAGCAUUGCGUGAGAUCUCUGUGCUGCGGGAGCUAAAGCACCCAAGUGUGGUGCAGCUGUUAGAUGUUUUGCUUGCUGACACCAAACUCUUUCUUGUAUUUGAGUUUAUGCACAUGGACCUCAAAAAACUUAUGGAGCUGUCUAAAGGCCCUCUGCGGUUGGAUCUAGUAAAGAGUUAUGUGCGCCAGUUGGCUGAAGGUGUGGCAUAUUGUCACGCACGUCGAGUGCUCCACCGGGAUCUUAAACCCCAGAAUCUAUUGGUGGAUUCCGAGGGCCGCAUAAAACUGGCAGACUUUGGCCUGGCACGCGCUUUUGCCAUUCCUGUCCGUGCCUUCACACAUGAGGUAGUUACACUUUGGUACCGAGCUCCAGAGAUCCUGCUUGGCGCAAAGUUCUACUCUACUGCAGUUGACAUCUGGAGUCUCGCAUGUAUAUUUGCAGAGAUGGCAAGUGGGCGCACACUAUUUCCAGGUGACAGUGAAAUUGAUCAGCUGUUCCGGGUAUUCCGAGCAUUAGGGACACCUGGUGAUAAUGUAUGGGCGGGCGCGCGAUUACUACCUGAUUACCGGGCUUCUUUCCCACGCUGGCCAUCACGGUCUGCGCGCUUAUUACUGCCAGCUACAGUUAGAGCGCACCCAGCAGCUGCUGAUCUGUUUGAAGCCAUGCUGCGAUAUGAUCCAAGUGAACGUCUUCCAGCUCGAGCUGCCCUGCAACAUCCCUUCUUGGCAGACGCGCGCCGCACUCCACCCGACCUUGUGCCAUCUUCCCCUCCACUUUCCUCAUGAGUACUUAUUCAAGGUUGCUAUUUUUAAGGCAUGGUAUUGAGUAGAGGUGUAAGUGUAAAGUGGUUUUGUAAUUAUGUGCAAUUAUAGCUAACAUUUCAGCUACCUAGGUCUGGACACCAUGUCAUAAGCUGAAGAUGACUCCCCUCUUUACCAAAUAUAUAAAGGAGUGCAUGAAUUAACUGUUGCUGUUAAGUACAGUUCUUUGUGUUUAGGCUUUGUGACAUACUAAGAUUGUGAUUAAAGUGUAGGCUAAUUUAUGUUUGACUGAUAUAUUAAGGCCAUACUUGAGAGUUGUUCAUUUAAUUUAUAUCAAACGAAAUAUUAAUAAUUUUGUAUUAUGUAUUUAGAUAUAUGAGUUUACUCAUGUUAAAUCUUAAUUAACACCUCUCAGUAUAGGUAAAAGAUUAAUAAAGUUAUAAUUUAUU